AUGGCCGAUGCAGCUGGGCAGUGCGCCGGUGUUGGUUGGAGCCGGCUCGCGUCGCGUCCUGGAAAAGAAAGCGCAGCAGCUCGAAAAAGAGGACCCUGGACUGCCUCGAUCAGAUGCCCCUCGAAGCUCCCCAACCCCGACUUCUUCACCACCAACCAGCAUCCAAGCACCAUCAUGAGCGACAUCAACAACAUCACCAACGCCGCUGCCACAGAGGGCUCGGACGAGUACCACCAGCCCACCUCGGUGGACAAGGGCAAGGGCAAGGCGAGGGCCGUGGAGCCAGACCACGACGAAGAGGAAGACGACGACGACGACGACAACGAAGAUGACGAAGAGGAAGACGAGGACUUCAACAUCGACGACGACGAACUGGCCGAACUGAUCGAGGACGAGGAGGAGCUCGCCGAAAUCGACCCUUCGAACAUCGUCUACACGGGGCGCCGACGCAACGCACCGCUCGACUACACGUCGGAAGAGGCGCUCAAGCAAGCCGGCCUCGAUUCCGGUGCCGGCGCGGCUGAGCCCGACGAAGAGGAUGCCGAGUUCAAGAGCGAAGAAAUGACCGACGAGUAG